AUGACUUGUGCUGGCGUUUCGCGGACGUGGCAACGGAUUUGUGAAGAUGAUCAGACGUGGCGUCAGAAAUGUUUGGAGAAAGGAUAUGUGGAAUUUGAUGCGCCAAGCUUUCGUUUUCUCGGAGGUUGGGCGGCGAAUCGACCAAAUAAGCAAGCGGGAAUGACAAUCUGUUCACAUAUGGACCUUCAAGAAGCACAGCAGAAUCGACAAGCACGCGAGGUCGCAUAUGGACAGUGUUAUGAGCGAUCGUCAUGGAAGUCGCUAUACUUGCGAAAGAGGCGAAUCAUUUCGAAUUGGCGAUCCCGAGCGAUUCAAUCUAGCACUGUUAUAGAGGAUGACUUUCAACAAACCAUUUGUCUACAAAUUCGCCCUGGUCGUAUCAUUACUGGUUCUCAUGAUUAUAAGUUGCUGGUCUGGAAUGUUGAAGAUGCUCAACCGGCUUUUGCUCUAACGGGUGCUAAUGGUCCCCCCAUGUCGUAUCAAGUGAGCGAACAUGGCAAAUACAUUGUCUGUAGCGGGUUUGAUGGAUCGUUGCGCGUUUGGUGUGGUCAAACCGGUGCCCAGCUUCAUGUUUUGCGGGGACAUACGGAACAUAUUUCAUGCAUGAGUCUACAUGGCACAACUCUUGUUUCUGGAUCGCACGAUCAAACACUCCGAGUUUGGGACAUUGUCGACGGGAAAUGCCUUCACAUUUUGCCUGUCGCUGCUUGGAGAUGUGUGAAAUUUGAUGGAGAACGGGUUGUAUUUUUUGGCCUUGGUUGUACCGUAAACGUUUGGAAUGUACACACGGAGGAGUGUUUGCACACGCUGACGGGUCACACAUGGCCAGUCGAUUCACUUUUGUUUGAGCCAGAGCGGGAUCUUGUCGUGGCGGGUAGUGACGGAACGAUUCGCGUCUGGGAUGUGCAAAGAGGAACAUGCAUCGCACUUCUUCGCUCUCUUGAAGAGUUACCGUUUGCAGGUCGUUGCUUUGGGUUGCAGCUUCGCGGAAACAUUUUGGUCUCCUAUUACGACUCGGACGUUUGGAUUUGGGACAUUCGUGAGGGUGGCUCGUGCAUUCACCACUUACAUGGCGUAAAUGGUCAGACGUCGACCAUCACUUCGUUGCAAUUGCUGGACUCGGGACUUAUGGUGACAGGUUCGGAGAAUGGCCGGGUCAUGCUGUGGGAUGUGGAUAAAGGUACUUUCGUUCGUGAUCUCGUUCGUUCUCGUUCUAGUGAACCUGGCCGUUAUUAUUUGGAUUUCAAAGCCACUGAAACAUCACUCGUAUGUGGAGUUCGAUCGGAAGAUAGGACCGAGGCCACAAAGCUCAUCUUCAUCGAUUUUGAUGCCUCAUAUCCA